AUGCGGCUCUGUCACUCGCUCCCACUUCAGACUCCGGGAGGGAAUAGCCGGCGUGUGCGGCCUUGGCAGUGCUGGGUUGGGGCAGAAAUGGCCAGUGAAGAUGUGAAAGAGGACUUACAAGUGGAUCAGGCUGACAGUGACCUUGUAAACACAGAUCAUGGUGACACAGAGGCCUCGAGCGACCCGGGAGGGCUGUCAGUCCUGCAGCAGCUCGGCCUGGAUCACACCACAGACUUCUCGGACUGCAGCGUCCAGCAGCGUCUGGACGAGCAGCGGGAGAAGAUCCGCAGAGAGAUUAGAAAAGAGUUGAAGAUAAAAGAGGGAGCGGAGAACCUGCGACGGGCCACAACUGACAAGAGAAACGCACAACAUGUGGACUCACAACUGCGUAGCUCCAACCGCAAACUGGAGACGUUACAAGCCCAGCUGCAGGAGCUCGAUGCACACAUCGUGGUCAAAGGACACGAUGAUAAUAAAGAUGCCCCGCGGUCUCCUGGGUCAGGCCGGACAUCAGCCACAGAGCACAGGAUCGCAGCUCUGGAGCGGCAGCUCAACAUCGAGCUCAAGGUCAAGCAGGGGGCAGAGAACAUGAUACCCAUUUAUGCCAACGGAGUGACUAAGGACAAGAAGCUUCUACAGGCAACUCAACAGAUGCUGCAGGACAGCAAGACUAAGAUUGACAUCAUCCGCAUGCAGAUCCGAAAGGCCAUGCAGGCCACAGAGCAGUCCGAGGACCAUCACGGUAAAGCCGACAUGUGUGGAGUGGAGCUGCGUGUGGAGGAGCUGUGGCAUCACUACAGAGUGGAACAUGCCAUGGCUGAGGGGGCCAAGAACAUGCUGAGACUGUUGGGAACUGGCAAGGUCCAGGACAAAAAGGCCAUAGCCGAGGCUCAGUGUGGUCUGAGCGAGUCCACCCAGCGUCUGGACCUCCUGAAGUGUUCUUUAGAGCAGAGGUUACAGGAGCUGCCUGAAGACCACCCCAAGGCCUGUCUCAUUAAAGAAGAGCUUGUGCUGGCCACAUCCACUGCUUUCAGCUCUCGUCACAGUGCCCCCUAUGUUCAUAACCAGUAUAGCACACUCUGCAAACCCUCCCCUUUAACAGGUACUCUGCAGGUGCAUCUGCACGGAUGUGUGGGUCUUCUGGAGGUGGUCCCAGGCCGCAGCCGAGGGACCCCUGUUACACUCCCUUCGUACUCAGUGGGAGACGGACGCUCCUCCUUCAAACUGAGUGGCCUUUACAGCCGCAGCACCAGCAGCAUGAGCCUCAAGAUCCCCAGUAAAAACGAAGAGCUGUCAUCGGAGGUGAGUGCGGUGCUGAAGCUGGAGAACUCUGUGGUUGGAAAGACCGGCUGGAAGACUGUGGGGGAACAAGCCUGGGACCAGAGUUUCACUGUGGAACUUGAGAGGUCCAGAGAGAUGGAAAUAGCUGUUUACUGGAGAGACUACCGCUCCCUGUGUGCUCUCAAGUACCUGAAGUUGGAGGAGUUCCUGGACAAUCAGAGACACCAGGUCCAGCUGGAACUGGAGCCACAAGGCCUGCUGCUGGCCGAGGUGACCUUCUUUAAUCCGGUCAUAGAGAGAGGCCGCAGACUACAAAGGCAGAGGAAGGUCUUCUCCAAGCAGCACGGUAAAGCCUUCUUGCGCGCCCGCCAGAUGAACGUGGACAUUUCUACCUGGUUGCGGCUGCUCAGGAACGCCAUCCCCAGUGGAAGUCACGGUCCCUCCUACACCUCCAGCUUCACCCACAGCUCCAUCUCCAACAUUAGCGGAGAAAUCUCAGUGGAAAAGCUGAAUUUGGAAAGCGACUCUCCUCCGAAAGCAGAGUUCCGGAGCGGCGUGGUGGACAGCCCCGCGGCGGAGCAAACCACUCCCUCGGUCCCUGAAUCCACAGCCAACCUCCAUGAAUCACCGGUCAGCACGUUAACCCGCAACUCCUCGUGCAGGGUCAGCAGCGGCCCUCUGUCUCUGCUGGACUUCAAGAUGAUGGCGGUACUCGGCAGGGGCCACUUUGGCAAGGUGCUGCUGUCGGAGUACAAACGCACGGGCAGUCUCUACGCCAUCAAAGCGCUGAAGAAAGGUGACAUCGUUGCACGAGACGAAGUGGAAAGCCUCAUGUGUGAGAAGCGCAUCUUCGAGGUGGUCAACAGCUCGCGUCACCCGUUCCUGGUGAACUUGUUUGGCUGCUUCCAAACGCCGGAGCACGUGUGUUUCGUGAUGGAGUACACGGCCGGAGGAGACCUGAUGAUGCACAUUCACGCCGAUGUCUUCUCGGAGCCUCGCGCUGUCUUCUACUCUGCGUGCGUGGUGCUAGGGCUGCAGUUUCUACACGACCAUAAGAUUGUUUAUCGGGAUCUUAAACUGGACAAUCUGUUGCUGGACACACAGGGCUUUGUGAAGAUCGCAGACUUUGGACUCUGUAAAGAAGGCAUGGGUUAUGGAGACCGGACCAGCACUUUCUGUGGGACUCCCGAGUUCCUGGCCCCAGAAGUGCUAACAGACACGUCCUACACCAGGGCUGUGGACUGGUGGGGGCUGGGGGUGCUGGUGUACGAGAUGCUGGUCGGAGAGUCUCCGUUCCCAGGUGAUGAUGAGGAGGAGGUCUUUGACAGCAUCGUGAAUGAUGAAGUGCGCUAUCCGCGGUUUCUCUCCACUGAGGCCAUCGGCAUCAUGAGACGGCUGCUGAGAAGAAAUCCUGAGAGACGUCUGGGCUCUGGUGAGAAGGACGCAGAGGAUGUCAAAAAACAGCCAUUCUUUCGGGGUGUGGACUGGGAGGCACUCCUUCAGAGAAAAGCCCCACCCCCUUUCGUCCCGACCAUAAAAGGAAAAGAAGACGUGAGUAACUUUGACCUGGAGUUUACAGCGGAGGCGCCCACGUUAACCCCUCCUCGAGAGCGCCGCACACUUUCCCGCAAAGAACAGGACUAUUUCAAGGAUUUCGACUAUACUUCUGACCUCUGCUAG